AUGAAACCGGUGCUGUCGGUAUUACUUAUCUUUUUACUUGUCAUUGUUGUGGUUCAUUAUUCAUCGGCAUCCAUCAACCAUAUUAACAAACGCUAUUAUUACGACACAUGGGAUACGAAUAAUGAUGUUAGCAGCAAUGGAUAUGAUGAAUCUAUUAAAAUCUUUCCUUUCCGUCAAAAAAGUUAUAAAAAAGAUGAUCCAUGUGCAAAUAAACCAUUAUGGUAUUUGAAAUAUCAAGCACGUCUUGGUAAAUUAUCACCAUUCUAUGAUUGUCUUAGUAUACAUGGUUUAUAA